UACGUCCUCCGCUGUAUUCCAGCAGCCGGAGGUGCCACAGGGGUUCCGACUGUCCACCGCGGCGCUAACGUCGGCUGAUCGAGCCUCGCCAUCUCCGCUGGAGUCCUCGUAAGAUGUCGACCUUACACGCACAACGGACGGUGUUCUUGUAGCGGUCGCCAGACAAGUUUAACGCCCGAGGCAAGGAUACUUUGGUGCCCGCACGGGGAGCCGAGACUAUGCCGGGAUACGCUGGUGCUGCUGCGGCCAAAAGUUCCCCACAAGUCGUGCUCCACCGAUGAACACCAUCGACGCUAACAUGGCGGAGCGUAGCGGCUGCGAUGUCCUCAGCAUCCCCGUAUUCAUGCGGCGUGGCGGGUCCGAGUCCAACCUGGAUGUGGUGGACAGCAUUGGACACAUCGGCGUGGGUCUGGACUUCAGCAAGGGGGCGCUGGGCAUCGACAGUCUGCAGCAGAAGAUCCUCAAGGUGACGGAGCAGAUCAAGGUGGAGCAGACGGCGCGUGACGACAACGUGGCGGAGUACCUGAAGCUGGUGAACAACGCCGACAAGCAGCAGGUGGCGCGCAUACGUCAGGUGUUUGAGAAGAAGAACCAGAAGUCGGCCCGCUCCAUCGCCCGGCUGCAGAGGAAGCUGGAGCAGUACCACCGCCGCGUGAAAGACGGCGAGGGCAAGCACCACAAGGAUGGCGGCAAGGAGUCCGGGAGUCACAGCAAGGAGGGCAGCCUGCGGGACGUCAGCUCCUCGGGGCGACACCCGGCGCUGGACAAAGUCAAGACCAUCGGGCCGGGCGUCUCGCUCUCGCCGCCGUUCUUCUUCAACAAGUCCCGGGGCUUCGCCAACCUCAUCCGGAACAAGUACGGCAGCGCCGACAACAUCGCUCACCUCAAGAGCAUGGACUCCGGUUCCGGGCUGCAGGCGGAGGGCACGGCCAGGGGGUUGAGCGGCAGCGCCAACACCGUAGCCAAGACCAGCAAGUACCACAGCGACGACGAGUGCUCCACCGGCACCUCGGCCUCCGCCGACUCCAACGGCAACCCCGCCGGGGGCUCGGCGGCCGGCUCGGGGGUCGCGGCCCACUCGGACGCCAACAGGCAGCUGGCGGAGGUCCUGGAGAUGGUGCGGGAGAUCCGGGAGGCUCAGGCGCAGCUGGCGGAGGACAUCGAGACUCUCAACACGCAGUUCAAACGAGACUACGGGUACUUCUCUCAGGUGAUGCAGGAGGAGAGAUACAGGUAUGAGCGACUCGAGGACCAGCUCAACGACCUGACCGAGCUGCACCAGCAUGAGACCAGCAACCUGAAGCAGGAUCUGGCCAGCGUCGAGGAGAAGGUGGCCUACCAGGCCUACGAGCGGACCAGGGACAUCCAGGAGGUCCUGGAGACCUGUCAGACCCGCGUGUCCAAGCUGGAGCUCCAGCAGCAGCAGCAGCAGCAAACGGUCCAGCUGGAGAACGCCGACGCCAAGGUCCUCCUGGGGAAGUCCAUCAACAUCAUGCUGGCCAUCGCCACCGUCAUCCUGGUGUGCGUGUCCACGGCGGCCAAGUUCGCCGCCCCGCUGCUGCGUAGCCGCCUCCACCUGGCGCUCACCUGCAUGGGCGUGUCCUUGCUGGCGCUGCUGUGGAAGAACUGGGAACACUUGCAGUGCGCCCUGGAGCGACUGCUGCUCCCGCACUGAGACCGCCAGUCGGGUUUUUGCACGUAGCCUCGCGUCCGGGAGACCACGUCCGUUCACAAGGACUGGAGCCACGCUGCCUUCAGGGUGCAUGGGAAAAGACAACCCCCACCAGCUGUCAUGUUUUAAUUCUAUAGAGGGAUUAUUUCCUGUCCCACAGGGUUGUAGCACUGUGAGGCUUGAACUCGUGACCACCAGAAGGUUUGACGUGUCGUUUUUGUGCGUCCCCGCUCUUUUCCGAGUAAGUAUUUGGACAUUUGGGGAAAUGAGACAUAAUCUGACCAUCUCUAUGAUGUACUGGGAUUUUUUUUGCUCCCAUUAUAAAGACUGUAUGUGUAAAUCGCACAGCGAGUCACAUAGUGGUUAGUCGGGGUCGAUUCACAUCUGGACUAUUCAUUUGUAUUCUAAAUUGAUCAAUAAUUUAAAAAACUAAAUUUAAUAAAAAUUUAAAAAUAUUUUUGUAAAAUUUGUUCACUUUUAAAUUUAUUUUUUUUAAAGUAGAAUCAAUUUUUAGGAGGACAUUUUAGGCCAGGGGCGCCCAAUACAUCGAUUGAGGGUGUGUCAGUCGAUUGCCAGACAGGCAUUAAAAAAAUAGACCUAAAAAUUCCAUCCAUCCAUCCAUUUUCUACCGCUUGUCCCUUUUAGCGCUCAUAAAUCUUCUCUAUGACGUCACUUUCGUCACUUGAUUGACAUCCAAGGCACCCGAGGGACUUGUGGGCUUAGUGCAGGGGUGUCCAAACUUUUUCCACUGAGGGCCGCACACUGAAAAAUCAAAGCAAGCGGGGGCCAUUUUGAUAUUUUUUAUUUUAAAAACCAAUACAAUAUAUGUAUAAAAAAUAUACAUAUAGGCCUCCACUCAAGCUUGAUACCGGGGACUCCAAAGGGUUUAGGUUAAAAAAAAUUUUUUU